AUGCUUUCAAUCAAUGAUGAUACAAUCAAACGAAUUGAAACACGUUCGUAUGAUAUUUUUAAAGAACCUUUGACAAAUCUUUCAUUUCCUCAUAUCCUCAAUGACAAUUCAAAUAUUUCAUUAGAUGAAUCCGUUGAGCCGUUACUUUCUUUUUUACCAAAUCUUCUCUCAUUCGUUAAAAUAGCAAAAGAGAAAUGUUCAAAUCCAAAGGACAAUCUAACAUCAGACGAAUCUGCUGCUAUAAUGCUUUAUACAAUGGAUUGGCAACCAAUGGAAGAAUGUCUCUAUCAUUCACUUAAUUCAACACUUCGUUCAAACGAUCGACAGACAUUCAAAUAUUGGUUUCCAUUUUUAAGAUUAUUUCUCCGUGCACUUUCACGUUUAUCAUCAAUAUCGACUACCGUUUAUCGACAUGUUCAAAUAAAUUUAAUCGAUCGAUAUCCAGUAGAUCAGAUAUUUCAUUGGUGGGCAUUUUCAUUGUGUCGAUUGUCUACUGAAAAAUGCGAAUCCGAUGCUUCGACUCAGUUUAUAAUCGAAUGUUAUUCUGGAAAAGAUAUUCGAAAUCAUUCAUAUUUUCCGGAUGAAGAUCAAAUUCUUCUUAUGUCUGGAACGGCAUUUCAAGUUCGAUCUCAUGGUCCUUCACGAAUAUAUCUCGAAGAAAUAUCAUCAAUGAAUUCUGCUAUUGAAUUGAUUAAUCCAGAAGAAAGUCUUUCAUCGAAUUUUCUUUUAAAAAUCUCCGAAACAAACGUUCAAUCUCGAUCAAAAGUCGAAACAAUUGAGAAAUACAUUAAAAGAACAUCGAAUCUUCAAAAUCGUAUUGAUCAAAAUCCUUCGUUUUCAUCAAUUGAUUUAAUUAAUCAACAACUCGAUGAUGAAGAUAUUUCUGUGAUUGUUCAACAUGCAAUUAUCAAAAAACAAUGUUCAAUCCUUCGUUUAGAUCAGAAUUACAUGACAUUCGAAGGAAUGAAGAUUUUAGUGAAAGCUUUAGACAAAAAUUCCACAUUAAUCGGAUUAAAUCUCCAUUCAAAUCGACUUUUCGAUCAAGGAAUUCAACCAUUUCGACAUGUUUUAUUAACAAAUCAGUGUGUUCUCGAAAAACUUCAUCUCGGUGCGAAUCAAAUCUCGAACGACGGUGUUCUUCUCUUAACAGAGAUUCUGAAAACAAAUACAACAUUAAAAGUUUUAUGGUUGGAUAAUAAUCGAAUCAAUGAUCAAGGAGUUCACAAUUUAACGAAUGUUCUUUGUCAACAGAAUAAAACACUUCGGGAAUUAUCGUUGAAGAAAAAUAAAUUGAUUACAAGUUCAAGUGUGAAGGAUUUUAUUCGAAUGAUCGAGAAAAGUCAGUCGUUGAAAGAAUUGGAUCUUUCGUUUUGUAAUUUAACGAAACAAAAUGGAAAACAACUUCGAGAUGCAAUUAGAGAUGAAAAACAAUUCGUACUUCGAGUCAAUGAGGAAAAAGUUGAUUGUGUCAUUUCAUAG